AUGGGCUCGCUUGAGGAAGAGGAGGACCGUGACAUGGGAGGCUCCCAGGACGGAAGCUCCGAUAACGAGAACGAGAACGAUAUGGAUGAUACAAUGCGCGACGUCGAUAAUGAUGAGGACGAAAAUGACCAGGAUCAAGAUCAAGACGGCGAUGGGGAUCAAGAUGCGGACAGUCCCUCGAAUACGAGCCAGGUAUCGGAGAGUGGUGGAAUGCAACAAAACACAAAUAGCAAUGGCGACAGCUCUGUGCCAGAACCAUUCUCCAUCUACCACCCCAGUGUGCGCUCUGAAUGCCUCACAGCCAAAACAUAUGAUAUUGCUCCAACUACCGCCGCGCCACAUGCCACCUCGAUCAAUGCCAUCACGGCAACAGCCGAUAUGCGUUGGGUUUUCACCGGUGGAUCGGACGGGUUCGUUCGAAAGUUCAACUGGGCAGACUCCAUUAACAGCAAACUUAUGCUGACCGUGGCACAAAGACACCCCUUUGUGGAUAGCGUGGUCAAAGCUGGAGUACUCAUGACAUACUGGGAGAAUAUGGACGGUAGCCACUUGUCGCCGGUGUAUUCUCUGGCCAGCCAAAGCGAAGGAUUGUGGCUGCUCUCUGGCUUAGAAUCUGGUGCAAUUCGCUUGCAAACUCUGCGCCACGAUGAGGGCAAGGAAAUCGCACUUCUCUCACAACAUACCUCCGCAGUAUCCUCACUGAACCUCACAUCAGAUGAAGAGUCAUUGCUGUCUGGUAGUUGGGAUAAACGGGUGUUCGAUUGGGAUCUACAUACUGGACAGGCUAGACGGGUUUUUGGUGGCAGUGGCGGACAGAUCUCUGCUGUGCAAUUCAGACCGGAGUCUAGUCUUCCGAUCCCCAAAGACACAAUCGAACCCCAGCAGACAAAUGGAACAUUUUCCUCCAACUAUGCUGCUCCGGGCACUGAUACCUUCAACUUCAUGGAUUCAUCCCUUGAGAAUGGAGAUCUAGGCGCGGCAGAGAACCCGCAGGCGGGCUCACCGACGGACUCACUCUUUGGCGGGGCGGACUCAUUAUUUGGGGAUGCAGAUGGAGGAGCUGCGGAUGGAGGAGAACCAUCUGGUGGUGUAUUCGGAGUAGAUGAAGACGACGAAUUUAGUCGCGCGGUAGCCAGUGGUGCUAUGCCAGAUGCAGAUGCACCAGGAGAAAUUGACCAUGAAAUGCCGCUCCCACAGAACACACAAAACGCGUCAUCCGCUCAAACGAAUACUCAGCAGGAUAUGUCUGACCACAAAAUGGAAAUGAACGACAUGGAUUUUCCGGCUGAAUCAGGACAUCCAAUUAUCAAUGGUCUUCCUAAAGCGGAGGAGCUUGAGACACCUCCACCAAUUCCAGACUUCUCACAAAAUACGCAGCCAGAACAAGGUCCUGCGACGGACAACACAUUCCUGGCUGCCUCUAUCGAUGGAACAAUCCGAGUAUGGGACCGGCGACAGCCUGAUCCUGUUGCACGCAUCAGCCCUUAUAAUGUUCCUCCAUGGUGUAUGAAUGCUUGUUGGUCACCCGAUGGCAACUAUAUCUACGCCGGACGGCGAAAUGGCACUGUCGAAGAAUAUAGCCUCCACAAGGGUCUCAGAAAUGCCGAACGCACAUUCAAGUUCCCUCAGGGGAGUGGGCCAGUCACAGCACUAAAGGCCAUGCCCAACGGGCGUCAUCUUGUUUGUGCGUCUCACGAUAUCCUGCGGCUUUAUGAUCUGCAACACGAGCAAGCCGAUUCUUCCUCCCGCCAUUCGUCCGUUCCAUUCCUGAUCAUUCCUGGUCAUCGAACCGGCACAAUCUCCCAGCUGUUCGUCGACAAUGCGUGCCGCUACAUGAUCUCCACCAGUGGCAACCGCGGCUGGGAAGGAAACACCACUGAGGUACUCCUCGGCUACGAGAUCGGAGUGCCUCAAUAG